GCUGGUUGGCUGGUCACGGAUUAGCUGUACCUACCGUUUUCUUUUUGGGGUCGAUAUCAGCAAUGCAGUUCAUUCAACGAUAAACUUAAUCCCAAUCACAAUUAAUAAUACAACUAUGACACAAUCAAAUCCGAACGAGCAAAAUUCGUUCUCGAGACUCGAGUUUAAAGUUUAAACUAUGUCGAACGAACUGAAGAGUCUAAACUUUAAACUAGGUUGAACUUGCGCAAUAGCUCUUUAGCAGCCGAUACACAUCGUUAGCCGACAUAAUCCCCUAAUCAAAUGUUAACUCAUUGCAAAUGGGUGUACAAAGUAAUAAAACGAUAUAUCACGAAAUGAACUAAAUUCUUACGACCAUGAUGGUAAACUGCUAAUCACAUAGUUAAGGCCCCUGGAGUGGUCAUGAUCAUGAUUAACUAGCAAUGAUUAAGCCAUUAAAUGGGCUUUAUAUUCAUUCUUAGAUAUCCUCCCCUGGAGUAGGGAUGGCAACCAAACCCGAACCCACGGGUACCCACCCGACCCAACCCGGUCAACGCGGGUAAAAUCCGUGUUUACGGGUUUUGGGUCGGGUUUGGGUUUAAACCCGUUCACUAUUCACCGGGUUGGGUUGGGUUUGGGUUUAGGUAAACCCGACCCGUGGGUACCCGCCCACACAUAUAAUUAAUUUUCUCGGUAUAUUUAAUAUUUCAAACAACUAAUCUUAUUUAUGUUUGUGGAGACAUGUCUAAUUUUUUCUUUCUAAUUGUGUAGAAUGAAGUUUGUGUUAUCGAGUGGAGAGUGAAGAAACUUAAUUGAAAGGAAGAAGCCUUCAAUUAAUAUGUUAUUUAUGGAUAAUUUAUGAUUUACUUCAAUUUUCUUGAGUUUUCAAGAUUGGUGUUGAACAAUUUGUAUAGUUAAUUUGUGAUUUGCUUGAAUUUUCUAGAAUGGUGUUUUAAAUAUGGAUAAUUUGUAUUGAGAAAUUGAUAUUUGACUUUAAUUUUGAUAGGAACAUGUUAUUGUAAAUUUUUUACGACAAAAACCCGUGGGUACCCAUGAACCCGCGGAUACCCAGCGGGUUGGGUUGGGUUUGAGUUUUUCAAACCCAAUGGGUUUUACCCCGGGUUUUUUUCACGGAUAAACCCAUGGGUUUGGGUUUGGGUUUGGCAAAACCCGACCCAACCCGACCCAUUGCCAUCCCUACCCUGGAGGGAAGGAAAGAUGGACAUAUGGGCUCAACGAGUAAAAUGGGCCUCCGUGGAAGGCCCAAAAAUUCUUUCCUCGUCCGUCCUUCUUGCUUCUCUAAUGUACAUUUUUCCCUUCCGUCCUCUCAUACAAAAAAUCUCAGCUUGGUGGAUUGCCCCGCUGCUCAGUUCCGGUGAGUUCCUCCGGCAACCCUGAAUCGUCUUUUGCUUCUAUUCUCCCUAUUCCCUCGAUUACAGAUCAGUGUGAUGCCGGAAAAAGCUACCGCUGCUAAAAGUUAUUUCUUCCUUCUAGAAAGCUGAAUUGGCUUGCGGCGGCGGCUCAUGUCGUUGGAGGGGGAAAUUUUCUCCUUGUUUGGGGCUUAACAGUGCUGAUGCUCGGCAUUGAACUUCGAUUCUUAUGUGUAAAGCGUCAAUUUUGAACUGAUUCCGCUCCUUUUUGUUGUAUCGUUGUAUAGAGCUGUAAGUCCCCAAUUCUUCUUCCGGUGGAUUCUGGGUAGCUUCAGAGGGUUUUGUGUGGAACCUGAACUUGAGGCAAAAUGGGGAUCAUCGAGAAGAUUAAGGAAAUCGAGGCCGAGAUGGCUCGAACCCAGAAGAAUAAAGCCACAGAGUACCAUCUUGGUCAGCUCAAGGCGAAGAUCGCCAAGCUUAGGACACAGUUGUUGGAGCCUCCAAAAGGUUCUAGUGGAGGUGGGGAUGGUUUUGAAGUUACUAAGUUUGGUCAUGGUCGAGUUGCACUUAUCGGGUUUCCAAGUGUGGGGAAGUCGACUCUUUUAACUAUGUUGACGGGAACCCAUUCGGAAGCUGCAUCAUAUGAGUUCACAACACUUACCUGUAUUCCCGGCAUCAUACACUACAAUGACACAAAAAUUCAGUUGCUUGAUCUUCCUGGAAUCAUUGAAGGUGCUUCUGAAGGCAAAGGACGUGGUAGGCAGGUUAUUGCUGUUGCAAAGUCUUCCGACAUAGUUUUGAUGGUUCUUGAUGCUUCCAAAAGUGAGGGUCAUCGUCAAAUAUUGACGAAGGAACUGGAAGCCGUCGGUUUGCGUUUAAACAAGCGACCCCCUCAAAUUUAUUUCAAGAAGAAAAAAACUGGUGGAAUCUCUUUCAAUAGUACUAUGCCCUUAACUCAUGUUGAUGAAAAGCUCUGUUACCAGAUUCUACAUGAGUACAAGAUUCACAAUGCAGAGAUCCUAUUUCGUGAGGAUGCCACAGUGGAUGAUUUUAUAGAUGUCAUUGAGGGUAAUCGUAAAUACAUGAAGUGUGUGUAUGUCUACAACAAGAUAGAUGUUAUCGGUAUUGAUGACGUUGACAAUUUAGCUCGG